AGCCAUAGGAAGAAGCAGGCACUGAAGUCGAUAGAGAAAAACUCUGAGUCAAUAUUCACAACCUAUUAUGACGACGAACAUUACUAUUGAAACUAUGAACACGAAUAUCGCAAGUGAGCUUAUGCCGGAAUCACUUGUGUUCAUCGUUGAGGCUAGGUGUAACUAGGGUGACAGCGUUCGUUGAACUUCGUUCAUUUUAAGAUCGACGCCCGUCCAUCACGUGACUGACGCGUCCCCGAGACGCGCGGAGUUUCAAAUGACCAUUAAGGGCUGUUGACCGCGAACACUACAAGUGAUGACAGUUAUGCAUGCAGAAGUCUAGUGCUCAACGUGAUUUAUACUACGUCAUGGCUCCAUCAUGGUUAGACUGAGACUGACUUCGAGGUGAGGGUCGGCCAGGCUGACGCUGUUACUACUGAUUUACUAGUCUCAGACUGGCACUCUCUAGCCGGGCUGGCAGCAUGCCUAGCCAAUAUAUUUCCAGCCUCUUGUCUCUCGACUAUCACAUAACGUAGACCUAGCUUCCACGUCCCCUGUCUCGCGAGUUGAUCUCCUGCGAUUUGCCAUCCACUCAUCGCACAGUAUUCGCGCUCUCUUGGCGAGUCAAGAUGAAGUUGCCGACUUCUACUUCCUUCGUCAUGGCUGCGACGGCAUCGCUCGCACUCCAGAGCUCCGCACUUGUUGUUCCAGAGUCUCCGGUCAUCGGACGUGCAUCGCCUCACUCCGCGCGCUCAGCUGCUGAUGCGCAAUUUGCUGGACCCGCGCCUGAAAUUGGAAGUCCCAGCCCAGCACGUAAGAGUACCUUCAUCAUCUUUUAAAGUACAAGAUACUGUAGGUGGCACAUUGGCUGCUCUCGGUAUACGAGCCGACAAGGACGCAGAUAUCUCUGUGUCAGCGGCACACUCCAACGCCCCGUCUCUUGGCAAACGACAGGCUGCGGUCCCUAUGGCUCCUCCAGGCGCUCCCGCUUCCGCAGGUUCCGAGACUAACGGUCCUAACCAGGCCAUGAAUAGUGUCCAACCACAGUCUAAGCCUUCCCCUCAGGCCAGCAAUGUGAAUAGUAAAUUGCCGCAGAAGAGGGAACCACAGCUUCCAGCUUCCCUGGUGCCUUAUCCUCAAAUCCCUAAUGCAGCCAGCGGAUUCACCAACGGCGCUCCUAUUCCAGGAAGCAUCUCUGGAAUUCCCGGUCAAGUUAGUGGAGGAACACCGGCCUCGGGAGCUAUUGGUAAUGUCGUAGGAAGCGGACAAUACCUUCCAAACUCCGAAGGUAUUGUAGGAGGGGUUACUGGUGGUCUUCCCGUUGUUGGUGGCGUGGUCGGAGGUGGUGUGAAUCAGCUGCCCAAUGGCCAGGGAGUUGCGGGUCAGAUGCUUGGCAACACUCCUUUUAGAGGCGUCGCUGGUAACUUGUCCCCUGGCUCAAUGCAAGGCAGCGUGGAAGGUGCCAACCGGCAACCUGGAAUGGGCGCACAAGGCGGCGCAGCGCCUUUCAGUCUGCAAGGCCAGGCAGGACAACCCGAUGCCGCCGACGAAGGAGCGGGGAAUGGGUCUGCAUCGCCGUCGUCGAUAACUGCUACUCCGUCCUCGUCUCCUGCAUGCACUGGCCAGACAAACCAGGCUUCGCAAUCGACCACAGACUCCAGUAGCGCUAGUGCAACUCCUGUUAUGGACAUUGAAUUUGCGCCUUCUGUUCCAGCACCGGUACCGAAUACACCAACCAGUGGCCACCCGGUUCCGGACGGAGCAUCAGUCCCCAGUCCCCCUGUUCAGCCUCCAAGUUCACUUCCGGUUUCACGUCCAGCUUCGACACCGACGUCACCACCAGUUUCAGCCCCAGCACCACCUGUCGCGCCUAGGUCGAUCGCACAAGUCUUUCGGGAUGCAGGUGAGCCUGAUCAUGUGCCUCCUAGUGCACCAGUCAAGCCACCAUUCAGUGCUCCAAGUAGUGCACCAGUCAGCGCACCCGUACAUCCUAGUGCGUCUGCCAGUGCUCCGGUACCAGCUCCUACUCAAAACGCACCGAAACCUCCGAUGUUCAUGAGAGCGAAACGUGCGUUGAUGGGACGCGAGCCGCAGAUGCCAGCACUUUUGUCCAACGAUCCCACUCUUCCGAGUGGCUUCCCCGCACCGAGCUUGCCGAUCCCGAGUGACAUCCCUCCUCUCCUACAGUCCGGCGUGCCAACGGCUGUACCCGCGACAAAAGACGCGAUGGAUGCUCAUUCCUCCUUGUCGCAUCCCGUUUCGAACACGGGGACGUUUACCUCUUGUACUUCUUCUGAUUACUCCCCCGCGAGUACAGCUUCCACGAAGGAUAAGAUGACGCCGUCGAAGUCGACCUGGAGGAGGCGCCGUUUCUUCCGCUUCAAUCGUGACUAGAUUGCUUAACUUCGACUUGAGUCAUUUUAUGCUACCACCUUCUUUCCCUUUUUCUUGAGGAGGUGUCUGGUGCCGUC